GGAACGAAAACGAACCACCGCAGAAAAGAAGCGCCAUCUAGGGUUUUGAAAAACUAAACCCUGCACCUCGUAAAUCCGAACACGAGCUUCUGAAUCUCACGCUUCAAUGGAGCACCCAAACCCGAACAAGAAGAGGAAGAAGGCGAACCAGAACCCGGAGGCCAAGUUCCAGUACGAGCUCAACUCGUGUUCCAAGGCGAAGGACUUGCGCGGCGCUAUAUCCCUCUACGACGACGCCGUUUCCAGCAACACGCGCCUCAACCAGCACCACUUCAACGCACUCCUCUACCUCUGCUCCAACUCCGUCGCCGACGCCGCCCUCAGGCCCACCGCGCUCGACUUCGGCUUCCGCGCCUUCCGCCACAUGUCCUCCCUCGGCGUCGCCCCGAACGAGGCCACCGUCACCGCCGUCGCGCGCCUCGCCGCGGCCAGCGGCGACUCCGACCGCGCCUUCGAGUUGGUCAAGAGCAUUAGCCAGUACAACAACGCAUUGCCGAGGCUCCGAACCUACGACCCCGCGUUGUUUGGUUUCUGCGAAAUGCUUAACGCGGAUAAGGCCUACGAGGUGGAGGAGCACAUGAAUGGCGCUGGAGUGAACCUAGAGGAGGCGGAACUCGCCGCGCUUUUGAAGGUGAGCGUGUUGUGUGGUAGAGCGGAUAAGGUGUAUGAGUAUUUGCACAAGAUUAGAAGCUCUGUGAGGUGUGUGAGUGAGUCCACUGCGGCGGUUAUUGAGGAGUGGUUUCGUGGCAGUGCUGCCUCUGAGGUUGGUGAGGUGGGUUUGGACUUGGGGAGGGUUAGAGAGGGGGUUUUGCGGAAUGGGGGAGGCUGGCAUGGUUUGGGAUGGGUUGGGAAAGGGGAUUGGGUUGUGAGUAGAACGAGUGUUGAUGAUGAUGGAAGUUGUUGUUGCGGGGAGCGGUUGGUUUGUGUUGACAUCGAUGACGCUGAGACCGAGAAGUUUGCUGGCUCUCUUGCUGGCUUGGCCAUGGAACGAGAGGUCAAGGCUAAUUUUAGUGAAUUUCAGGCUUGGCUUGAAAAUCAUGCCUCUUAUGAAGCUAUAGUGGAUGGAGCAAAUGUUGGGCUUUACCAACAAAAUUUUGCUGAUGGUGGAUUUAGCAUUUCUCAGCUUGAUGAUGUUGUAAAAGAACUCUACAAUCGGAGUGGGAAGAAAUGGCCGCUUGUUGUGUUGCACAACAAGCGUCUAAGAGGGCUGAUGGAAAAUCCUUCCAGCAGAAGACUGGUGGAGGAGUGGAUGAAUAAUGGUGUACUGUAUACAACUCCAAAUGGAUCCAAUGAUGAUUGGUAUUGGCUCUUUGCUGCAGUAAAGCUUAGGUGUUUGCUUGUGACAAAUGAUGAAAUGCGAGAUCACAUAUUUGAACUCAUAGGAAGCAACUUUUUUAACCAGUGGAAAGAAAGACAUCAGGUUCACUACACUUUCGUUAAAGGAAACCUAAAACUUCAGAUGCCACCAUCUUACUCCUUGGUUAUCCAGGAAUCGGAAAAAGGUUAUUGGCAUGUACCUUUAGUACCAGGCAUUAGCGGUGAAUCUACGAGAUGUUGGCUCUGCAUUACCCGGCCAAGUGGUCAUGAGGCUGUUAUUACUGAUUCUAAUGGUGUUAGUAGCUUGGAUUCCCAAGUCAAUGAAAACAAUGCAACUUCCGUCACUGGUAAAAGAAAAGAGACGUCUCCUCCUUCAUGAUAAAUCUUUCCGUGGGCUUGCCCUUUGUUAAGCUUGUCCUUUGACUGCUUUGGGGUUACUGGUGGCAAGAUGAACAACAGCAACCUUUUCCGCAGUAGUUAUUGAGCUUCUACAAAUGAUUUUCAGCCUAUUUAAAUGUUAUAUUGUAACCCCUCCCAAUAUACCCAAAUUAUACUGUUUUAUCUCAUUGUUGUAAUUAUGUAAGAGGUUUUGUGGGGUCAGUCAUGGUUUUUAGUGGCUGAUGACAUACAUAACCUGUUCAAUGAAUAACUAAAAAACCAUCAUCUAGUCCAAUUAUAUAGUUUUGUUACUUUAUAAAAAGCUAAACGUUCAAAAAUUAGUCCCCUCCCCCCUUCUACC